GCGCCGCUAGGGGGCGCUCGCGGGAUCCCGGCGGGACCGUGCGCCACGUGGCCCGGAAACGCGCUGGACGCCUGCGCCGCGAAGCCCUGCGAGGUGGGCCGCAAGCUGGGCGCGCAGGGCAGCGCGGGCCACUGAGGGAGGCUGCGCCCGAGUGGGAGCCAGGAGGGGCCCGGCGAGCGGCGCGGGGCCCUGACCUGCCCUCCCCCUGGACGCGGCAUGUUGCCCUGGACCCCCCGGCGGUGGGGCGCGGGCGAGGAGCAGGCGCCCGAGAAACAAGGCCCCUCGGCGGGCAGCGACCCCGGCCAGGCCUGGGACUCUGGAGAGGAAGCCCUGCGGGAGCCAAGAACAACCCCACAGGACAGGUGGCCUCUGCCGGCGGCACUUGGGCGAAACCCGACGGGGGCCCACAGUGUGAGAAGAUCUCAGUUGUCCCUAGCGAAGAAAGGUCCGCAGCCCUGGUCCCGAAGGCCUUCCUGGGCCCGGAAAGAGCAGCUGCUGCCUCGGCCGCCCCCAGGCCUGGCUGCCGAGCGGUACCCGGGAACCCCAGGUAGGUACAGGGUCUUGCCGUCUUUACCCCCAAGACCCUUUUACCGACUCCUGAGCCGAUUUCAAUCUCUUCAAGUCCAACCCCGCCCCCCAGUUCCCCUCUCCCCCGAGAUGACCUGGGAGGUGGCCCCGUCAAGGAUGACCCUGCUGGCGCCACGGAACCCCAACUGUGAGGCUAAACCGGGCCCUCGGCUGGUGUGGGGGCUCAGCUGUGAGUCAGGCACCUCGUUCUCAGGCCAGACCUUGCGCCAUCCCUCAUUCUGCCCUCUGUACGAGGCAGCCUCAGGCAGAGGCCUCAGGCCCAGUCUAGCAGGACAUCAGAGUGGAGAGCAGGCGCCCAGGGAUGCAGGGUUCCCGGUGAUGUGCUGUGAAGAUGUCUUUCUUUCUGACCCUCUGCUGCCCCGUGGGCAGCGUGCUCCCCUGUACGUGUCUCAGGCCUGUCAGCAGGUGAUGGGCUCUCUGAAGCUGCUGCUCCCACCCCCAGUCAUGUCCCCCAGGGUCCUCCCCACUCCAUCCUCUGGCUGCUCCACCGCCUGGCUCAGUGGGCCUGAGCUGAUCGCCCUCACUGGCCUCCUGCAGAUGAGCCAGGGGGAGCCAAGACCCAGCUCCCCGGGGGCUCCCAUGCCCCCUGCUGGCCCCCCAGACCCUGCCUCUGACCACCCAGGUGCCAGUGGUGGCCAGAGCUGUUCUCACUGCACGGACCCAUCUCUCCCACUGGCCCCAGACAGCCAAGGUCCAUAGCCCCUCUUGGGGAGAGUGGGCCCCCUACUUCCCCAGGCAGGUUCUGUUGACAAUAAAACAGUAUUGGUUUGCGAA